AUGGGGUUCAACAAAGCAAACAUAACAAGUUUAAAGGGUGAGGGAAAAGGAUGAGAACAGUUAGAAGAGACGAUCUAAGACCGGGAGAUCACAUCUUUUCUGACAGGACAUUACGUCUCUAUUAUCAUCAUGGCAUAUAUGUGGGCGAUGAUAUGGUGAUACAUCUAAUGGGACCAAGCAAGACUUACAACCGAGCACCCUGCAAGAAAUGUGGGUUCAAGCCACAAACAGGGAUAUUCAAGACCUGCCUCGACUGCUUCCUCGAAGGCCACUCGCUCUACCUCUACAAAUAUGACGUUUCUUACCUAAAACUGGUUUUCAAACGCCGUGGCUCUUGCAGCAUGUGGGAUUGCAAACCGGCAAACGAAGUCAUCGAAACGGCCUAUCGUCUGCUCGAAGACAAGAGCUUCGGGAGCUACAAUUUUUUACUCAACAAUUGCGAGGACUUUGCUGUGUAUUGCAAAACGGGCAACGCAAUGAGCAAUCAAACUGCAGGGUUAUUUGGAUUUAAUUUGGUUGGCUCCGCCGGAUAUCAUGUUACGAAAGCGGUCCACGACACUAUUUUCAAUUAAAGAACUAAGAACUGAUCGACAAAUUAA